AUGCAUGGAAAAGCUCCAGAAGGAAUCAUAACAGAUCAAGAUAAAGCUAUGCAAAAUGCCAUAGAGAUUGUGUUUCCAAAUACCAAGCAUCGUUGGUGCCUUUGGCAUGUGAUGAAAAAGUUACCUGAAAAAUUUAGAAGCUACAAAAAGUAUGAGGCUAUUAGUCUCGAUAUGCUCAGUGUUGUUUACGAUUCACAAGAUCUUGAAGAAUUUGAACGAGACUUGUCUGUGUUCCUUGAAGAAUAUAACUUGCAUGAGAAUGAAUGGUUGACUACAUUAUAUGAUGAGAGACAUCUUUGGGUGCCAUGUUUCGUCAAAUCCCAUUUCUGGGCGGGGAUGUCAACCACUCAAAGAAGUGAAAGCAUUAACGCUUUCUUUAAGGAUUAUGUAACUUCCAAAACCACGUUGAAACAAUUUGUUUAUCAAUAUGAACAAGCAACAAAUGAAAAAGUGGAAAAAGAAAGUCAGUCUGAUUUUAAAUCGCACAAUUCAAUGCUAUCAAUUGUUACUACUUAUGAGUAUGAAGUACAAGUUCGAAAGCCAUAUACCACAUCAAAAUUCAAAGAGUUUCAAGAUGAACUGACAGGAAUGAUGUACUGUAUAUUCAUGAGUUCCCAAGAAAACGAUAAUCUCUCAACUUAUGGCAUACGAGAAGAUAUCGUAGUUGGGGAAGGAAAAAAGAGAAUGAUUUUUACUAUAUCAUAUAAGAAAGAUGAAUGUGUUGUACAAUGCAAUUGUUGUUUGUAUGAAUCCAGGGGAAUCCUUUGCAGACACGCGUUGGCUGUCCUUAUUCGAAAUGAUGUUGAUGAAUUUCCAGAAAUAUAUAUUUUAAGGAGAUGGAGGAAAGAUGUGUCUCGGAGCCAUACAAAGGUUAAAGUAAAUUUUAAUGCUUGUUCUGCAACUCCUGAACGACAAAGGUAUGAUAAAAUGUGUUCAGCCUUUAUGAAAAUUGCAGAUCUUGCAUCCACGAGCGAAGAACGUUGUACUCAUGUUAUUGAGUGGAUGGAUACUAUGUCCACAAAAUUAAAUGAUCCUAAACAGCAAUGGUCUAGUGCUAUUGUGCGCUCCAACAAAUUACUUGAUCCACAUGAUGUUCAAGUCGAUGUUCCUGUCAAAAAAACAAGAAAAAGAAACAACUCGAAUCAGUCCAAGACUACAGCUGGUACUCCAAAGAAACCUAGAAAAAGGAACUCUAGAGCUCAAUCGAGUAAUACUACUCCAAAGAAAUCUAGAGAAAGGAACACUAAAGUGGAAUCGUGUAAGCAUACUCCAAAGAAGCCUGGAAAAGGAAGCAAACUAAAUCAGUAUGCUCAAGAUGAUGAGGUAACCACUGCUCAGGAUGUUGAGGUUUAUCAUCCCAUACAAUCAUUUCCUCCAGAAAUGGUAGAGGAGUCUCCCAUCAAUGAGAGCCUAGCAGUGUCCAUGGGAUCAAAUGGCGAAGUAAUUUCAACAGGCCUAGGAGAAAUACAAGAGAGUCUCACAAUAAACCAGACACAAGAGAGCAUUAUGAUGAGCUCACAAAGUGUCCUACUUAACUUCAAGCAAAUGCAACAAGAACCCAAUGGUUUCCCUGGACUAGAAGAUCAAACCAGUGGAUUAUUUUGGUUUCGUGAAUGA